AUGUCUGAAGAAGGAGAUUAUGUAACUUUCCCAUGGAAGAACCCAUCAUGGGAUUUUGCAAACCCUGAUAAUUCUGGCAACGUUGGAGACAGAUUAGGUAAGAAGAUUGCUUGCUCUAGCUCUCAUGCCCGGGCAGCGGCGGAAAAGGAGCCCGACCCAGUGCCAACUAGGAAGCGAUCCCGCGACAUGAUCAAAGGUCAGGAUAAGAACGGACAAGGCGAGCUCGCUGCGAAUGGAGGGAAGACUGUGGGCGAGUCGGACCAUGAGAUACACAUAUGGACAGAGAGAGAGAGGAGGAAGAGGAUGAGGAACAUGUUUGCUAACCUUCAUGCUUUACUUCCUCAUGUUCCUCCCAAGGCUGACAAAUCUACCAUAGUGGAUGAAGCUGUGAACCACAUCAAAAACCUGGAGAACACUCUCCAAAAUCUACAGAAGCAAAAGCAUGAGAAGUACCAUUGCACUGCCAUAUUUAACUGUGAACCGUCGACUGCAGUCAAUUCCCAGAGUCUAGUUUGCGAUUCAAGGGAAGCUUUCUUGGCCAGUCAAGGGUCUGCCGGCAAUUUGCCCCUCAGUGCUGCAAGCAGUUCGGCAUCCUCUCCGGUCUUUCGACAUCCUAUAGCCUUUCAAACUUGGUCUUCUCCCAACAUUGUUCUGAACAUCUGCGGCGAUGAAGCGAUGAUCAGCAUCUGCUCGCCGAAAAAACCUGGACUCUUUACUGGUAUCUGCUAUGUGUUGGAGAAGCAUAAGAUCCAAGUGGUGUCCGCCCAGAUGUCGUCGGAUUAUAGCCGAAGCCUUUACAUGAUUCAAGCUCAAGUUGCAGGAGCUUCGGACCAACAAGCAGAAGUGCUCCCAGUGGAAGAGAUAUACAAGCAAGCCGUGACGGAGAUCAUGGUCUGGACCUCCUCUUGA